AUGAUCCUAAUUUUGAUUGCUGCAGUGCUUGAUGUCGCUGCACCCGAAAGUUACUACUAUGGACAACGCCUGGAACGAGUGCCAUAUUUUCUGGCGACACCAUCCAACGCUAGUUAUCGAGAGGGCUCAGCUGUUCGGCUUACUUGUGAAGCUACUGCAAAGCCACGACCAGUGAUGGCUUGGUAUUUCAAUGGCGAGCAAAUCACUUCAAACCGCAAGUAUUCCUUAAAUUUGGACCAUUCUGUGCUCAACAUCUAUCCAUUCCAGAAAAGUGAUGUUGGAAAGUAUAUUUGCACGGCAACAAAUCGCAACGGUCGAGUGCAGCAUUCAUUCGAAUUGCAGAUUCUCAACAACUCAGCGCCACUGAUCGUUGACAGUCCAGAAUCAAAGGUGGUUAAUCCAGGUGAACCGGUCGUACUGUUUUGUCGAGCCAGUGGGCAACCUCCUCCCACAAUCAAGUGGUAUUUUGAUGGUGUUGAAGUCGCACGCAACGAUCCACAUAUUGAGCUAACUCGACGGGAUACCGAGCUGACAAUCAUCCAUGCCACUCGCGAAGAUGAGGGAGUUUAUCAGUGUAUGGCGCGUAAUUCACUGGGUGCAGCAACCGCCGAAGCUACGGUGAAAGUUUAUGUGCCAAAUCAGCAGGCCCUGGAUGAAUCGCUAACCAGCGAACUCCUCUCAGACAUUGUUAAGCAGGCGAGGCAAAACGUUGACAGGUUGGUUCUGCCCAGCGAGUUGCAAAAUUAA